GGAAGCUGCUGCUGUCAGAGAGGACGAAGACAUGAGGAGCAGAGGAGGCUUCAGAGUCCUGCAGAGGCUGCGGAGGGCUGCGGUCUGUGCGGCGGGGGGCCCCGGGACGGGGCUGGGGGGCCCCGGGACGGGGCUGGGGGGGCCCGGGACGGGGCUGGGGGGGCCCGGAGCCUGCAGGAGGCUGUCGGGCUCCGUGAUCGUCUUCAACCGGGAGAUGAAGAAGCGGCAGAAGGACUGGGCCGCCUCCCUGCAGGAUGGACAGCAGUACGACUACCUGAGGGACGAGGUUGGCAGCCGAGUGGCGGAUCGGGUUUAUGACAUUGCAAGGACGUUUCCUCUGGCGUUAGACAUCGGAGCAGGAAAGAGUCACAUCGCCCAGCAUCUGACUGAGGAGGUGGUGGAGCGUCUCCUCCUGACCGACGUCUCCCAGCAGGCUCUGAGGCAGAGGCGGCGGACCCCGAUGGCGACGCGGUGCGUUCUGGCUGACGAGGAGUUCCUGCCGUUUCAGGAGAACAGCUUUGACCUGGUGGUGAGCAGCCUGAGUCUGCAUUGGAUCAACGACCUGCCCGGGGCUCUCAAACAGAUCCACCAGGUGCUGAAGCCGGACGGCGUGUUCAUCGGGGCCAUGGUGGGCGGGGAGACGCUGUACGAGCUGCGCUGUUCGCUGCAGCUGGCCGAGACGGAGAGGGAGGGGGGGUUCUCCCCCCACGUGUCGCCCUUCACUGCCGUCACGGACCUGGGAAACCUGCUGGGCCGGGCCGGCUUCACCAUGCUGACCGUGGACGUGGAUGACGUGCAGGUCCACUAUCCAGGAAUCAUGGAGGUCAUGACGGAUCUGCAAGGGAUGGGAGAGAGUAACUGCGCCUGGAACAGGAGGACGCUGCUGCACAGGGACACCAUGCUGGCAGCUGCUGCCGUUUACAAAGAGAUGUAUGGGAGCGAGGACGGCGCCGUGCCCGCCACCUUCGAGAUCCUCUACAUGAUUGGCUGGAAGCCUCACGAGUCUCAGGCCAAACCGGCGAAGCGAGGCUCCGCCACCGUCUCCUUUGGAGACCUGUCGCGGAUCGGCCAGCCGGGCCCUGACCACCAAUCGUAGAACCACAGACCGGACCGAGCCGCUGCACUUCAUGGACGGCUUGGUGUGGCGGUCCGGCACAGGCUGGUCUGGACCGGGUCGUGACCUUCAGCAGGACCUGCACAGAGAUCAGCAUCUUCUGUGGUUCGCUUCAGUCAAUAAACUUCCUUGUCAGAUCGGA